AUGAAAUCUCCAAACUCUACAUCUAUUUUCACGUUUAAUGAAGAUCCCGAAAUGCUCCGAAUAGGAAUAAUCUACUUUUUAUUCACAAUUUUCAUACCGCCACUGCUGAUAAUUGUGAUAAAGGUAACAUACAUAAAUGACAGGAGAGCCCCAAAUUUUCCAUACAAGUUGAUGAUCAUUGUGCUGACUUUUCAACUUUUACAGUCCACUGGUCAUUUUAUCACUUCCCCAGUUUUGGUGUUUCCAAAGAUUUUAAAGGGAUAUGAAGUGAUUGUCAGGGUAAUUGGGUGCAUGAUUAAUUCAAGCUGGAUUGGAGACUUACCAAUGAUGAGUCUACUAUCAGUAAGCCGUGUCUUAAUAUUUACCAACACAAUUAAAACUUCGAAAUUCCCAAUCUUUGUCAAACUUUCCGUAGUUUGCAUAUUAUCAUGGGUUGUCUAUGUGUUCUUAUACGGAUGUAUAACUCAAAACUUCAUGUUUGUUCCUCCCGGUUGGGCUUACGACUUGGAUGCCCCUCAUGCUGCUAUAUUCGCUCACCUGGAAAUCGGAUUGUCUUUUCUGAGUUUGACAAUAUCGUAUUUGUCAUAUCUUGCCAUCGACUAUAUUAUACGUAAGAAAACCGGAACUAGUAAUUCCCAGUUUCGAAAAAAUGAAAUCCGGAUUCUAGCUCAAUCAACAUUUGUAACAGUCCAUAUUACAUCGAUGAUUUGUGUGUGGCAUUCAAUUUUGAUUCCCGAAGAUUUAAUUGAUAUGACGAGUGUCAGAAAUCAAGCAACUUUGAAUUUGUUUUGGAUUUCACAUUGCUACUUUCACCCGAUUAUGAUAUUAGUAUUCAAUAAGUGA